UUGGCAGAUUUUAAUUUUUUAAGAAUAGCUAUACUCUAUAAACUUUUGUUGUUUUGGGUUUGUUUUUUUGCACUGUAAACUUUUGAUAGCAAAAUUGAAUUUUGUGAAUUUUUGUUAUGGUUCUCUGCUAUAGUAUUUUUUCUUGCAAUAGUUUUAAAUGCAUGUGAAAAAUGUUCUCCCCCCCCCCUUUUCUUUAAUUCCAGUUAAAGGUAAAUGAGAUACAAUUCAAAACAAGGAUGUUUUGUACCAAUGAAGCUUGGGUUACUUUAUUAUAGACAACUGAAUCCCUGUCUAAUUUAACAAGGAAUUUUAAGUAGAAAUUCAUACUAUACUUUCCGUAGUGGUUAGACCCCAGGUAGUCCCCUUGGUAGAAUUUCUUUUGCUUUUCAUCUAAAGGCAUAUAAUGUACAUGGUUAUCUUAUUUUUCAAAGUUAUUUGGAAGUAUUUUAUUAUGACUAGCAUAAGAAAUUCAGAUCCCAAAUUGAGUUCUUGGAAACUGUUCAUUCAAAAUGAAUUUCUAGCAGAAUGUAUACACUUCUUAUUUCUACCUCAAUAAAAGUAUUUAGGCAUUUUGAUAGCCAUUCUUAUGUACCUGCUGACUUUGGGGGCUUCUUUUUGUUUUGUAGGAUUAAUAACUAAUAUUUAUGUAAGACAGAAGAGAAAGAUGUCAUUCCGUAAAGUAAACAUCGUCAUCCUGGUCCUGGCUGUUGUUUUCUUCUUACUGGUUUUGCACCAUAACUUCCUCGGCCUGAGCAGUUUGCUAAGGAAUGAGGUUUCAGAUUCAGGAAUUGUGGGGCUUCAGCCCAUAGACUUUAUCCCAAAUGCUCCCCAUCAUGCAGUAGAUGGGAGACAAGAGGAGAUUCCUGUGAUCAUUGCUGCAUCUGAAGAUAGGCUCGGGGGGACCAUUGCAGCAAUAAACAGCAUUCAGCACAACACUCGCUCCAAUGUCAUUUUCUACGUUGUUACGCUCAAUCAUACAGCAGACCAUGUCCGGUCUUGGCUCAGCAGCAGUACUCUGAAAAGCAUCAGGUACAAAAUUGUGAAUUUUGACACUAAACUUUUGGAAGGGAAAGUAAAGGAGGAUCCUGACCAGGGGGAAUCUAUAAAACCAUUAACCUUUGCAAGGUUCUACUUGCCUAUUUUGGUUCCCAGUGCAAAGAAGGCCAUAUAUAUGGAUGAUGAUGUAAUUGUGCAAGGUGAUAUUCUUGCCCUCUAUAAUACACCAUUGAAGCCAGGACAUGCAGCUGCAUUUUCAGAAGAUUGUGAUUCAGCCUCUACUAAAGUUGUCAUCCGUGGAGCAGGGAACCAGUACAAUUACAUUGGAUAUCUUGACUAUAAAAAGGAAAGAAUCCGCAAACUUUCUAUGAAAGCCAGCACCUGCUCAUUUAAUCCUGGAGUUUUUGUUGCAAACUUGACAGAAUGGAAAAGACAGAAUAUAACUAACCAGCUGGAAAAAUGGAUGAAACUCAAUGUAGAAGAGGGACUGUAUAGCAGAACACUGGCUGGCAGCAUCACAACACCUCCUCUGUUGAUCGUAUUUUAUCAACAGCACUCCACCAUUGACCCAAUGUGGAAUGUCCGCCACCUUGGCUCCAGUGCUGGAAAACGAUAUUCACCCCAGUUUGUAAAAGCUGCCAAAUUACUCCACUGGAAUGGGCACUUUAAGCCAUGGGGAAGAAUGGCUUCAUAUAUUGAUGUCUGGGAAAAAUGGUAUAUUCCUGACCCAACAGGCAAAUUCAGCCUAAUCAGAAGACAUACGGAGAUCUCAAAUAUAAAGUAAAAUAUAAUUUAUGCUAUAAGCAUUUCUCAGGAAAUCCUGGAAGAUAAUGUGUGGGAAGUAACAGUUGUGGCAACCCAUGGAAAAAGGGACAUUUCAACUGGGUAGAGGACAAAUGGCACUGGCAGUCAGUUUCCCUGAUUGUGUGUCUCCAUCUGCCUUACCAAGUGUUUGCUUACUACAGUGCUGAAUGACCAGAGGUGAAUGGACUGAUAUGGCUGGUGGAGCUAGUUCAACACUGCUGCUUGGUUUUAAAUUUGUAACCUGUGGCCUGAUCUAUAAAUAAAGUGAAACCUACAUUUUUCAGUA